AUGGACAAUGCAAGAAUGAGCUCCUUCCUGGAAUACCCCAUCCUCAGCGGGGGCGACUCGGGGACCUGCUCCGCGCGAGCCUACCCCUCCGAGCACGGAAUUACAACUUUUCAGUCGUGCGCGGUCAGUGCCAACAGCUGCGCCAGCGACGAUCGCUUCCUAGUGGGCAGGGGAGUGCAGAUCAGCCCGCCCCACCCCCACCCCCACCACCACCAUCACCACCACCACCACCCCCAGCCGGCCACCUACCAGACUCCCGGGAACCUGGGGGUGUCCUACGCCCACGCGAGUUGUGGGCCGAGCUACGGCGCGCAAAACUUCGGUGCGCCCUACAGCCCCUACGCGGUAAAUCAGGAAGCAGAAGUAAGUGGUGGGUACCCCUCCUGCGCUCCCGCAGUUUACUCUGGAAAUCUUUCAUCUCCCAUGGUCCAGCAUAACCACCACCACCACCACCACCACCAGGGGUAUGCCGGGGGCGCGGUGGGCUCGCCUCAGUACAUUCACCACUCAUAUGGACAAGAGCACCAGAACCUGACUCUGGCCACGUAUAAUAACUCCUUGUCCCCUCUUCACGCCAGCCAAGAAGCCUGUCGCUCCCCUGCAUCAGAGACGUCUUCUCCAGCGCAGACCUUUGACUGGAUGAAAGUCAAAAGAAACCCUCCCAAAACAGGAAAAAUUGGAGAGUAUGGCUACGUGGGUCAGCCCAAUUCCGUGCGCACCAACUUCACCACGAAGCAGCUCACUGAGCUGGAGAAGGAGUUCCACUUCAACAAGUACUUGACCCGCGCCCGCAGGGUGGAGAUCGCCGCGUCCCUGCAGCUCAAUGAGACCCAGGUGAAGAUCUGGUUCCAGAACCGCCGAAUGAAGCAGAAGAAACGCGAAAAGGAGGGCCUCUUGCCCAUCUCUCCGGCCACCCCUCCAGGAAACGAUGAAAAGGCCGAGGAAUCCUCAGAGAAAUCCAGCUCGUCGCCUUGUGUUCCUUCCCCUGGGUCUUCUACCUCAGACACUCUCACUACCUCCCACUGA